CAGUGUACUCCGUAUUCAUUAGUCGCAGUAAGCGGCAGUCAGCCAGACAGCCAGUCGGCCGUGGACAGUGGCGACGGCGAGGCGAAGCCGUAUUUGGAACUUGGAAGCAACCGCCCCGCAGGCGCGAGCGCCGUCGUCCGUCUCGCCUCGCCUCGCCUCGCCUGGCACUGCACGCGCAAAAUCGCAUCGCAUCACGAGCUCUACUCUCCCCGGCUCCACUGCCCGCUCGCUCUCCGACUCCAUACAGGCAAACCGCGCCGCCGCGCUUCUAACCCCCACCCAACUCUGCCUCCGAUCCCACCCUCCCAGCCCAGCGCGUCAAGUACCCCGCCUCGGUUCGCUCCCCGUGUGAUCUGGUUCCCACCCGCGGCCAUCGCAUCGCCGCCGCCGCCGCCGCCGCCGCAGAACCUCGCGCUCCCGGCGCGGGAUCUCGCGGGCCCCGGCCCCACGGUCCGGCGAUCGGGAUGACAGCGGCGCGCCGGCGAUGACCGGCUCGGCGGCCUCGCUGGGCCUGCGGUCCGGGAGCUACGGCUCCCUCGCGGCCGCCGCCGUCGUCGGCAGCGGCGGGAGGAAGGCCGGCGCCACCGCCUGCCGCACGCUGCGCGUGGAGAAGGAGCGCCUGCACCGCGCGCUGCGGCUGGUCGGACGCCGCAGGACCGGCGUCCUGCUGCUGCUCGCCGUCGCGUCCGCCGCUCUCUUCUGCUCCCUCUUCGCCGUCGUCAAAGAUGACGCCAAUUCAACUAGUAUUGUAAAUAAUUACGAAGUCCCAAAUGCCAUACAGAAGUCAGUGUAUCCCAGCAGAACACGACCUCUAAUGAUGUCUGGAAACCAAGAGUCCACCAGUGUUGUCAACAAAAUUGAUUUUCCAAAUCGGCUUCAUCUUUCAUUUGCAAACUUCACACAUCCUUGUGAAGGUUUCUCAGUUCCUCCUCCCCUGGUUGAUAAGAAACGCACUGGACCCCGGCCAUGCCCUGUUUGCUAUGUUUCCGUGGACCAGGCAUUUGCCUUGAUGCCCCUACAAGCUUCACCAUCACCUGUCCUAAAGGACUUAAACUAUGUAUCAGAAGAUGGUGUUACUGCAAAUUUAUCAAAUCAGGGAUCUGGAUUUGGAGGGCAUCCAUCCCUGGAUCAGAGAAACGAUUCUUUCAACAUUAAUGAGUCAAUGACUGUCCACUGCGGCUUUGUCAGAGGAAAGAAGCCUGGCCAAGGUACUGGAUUCGAUAUCAAGGAUGACGAUCUGCUAGAGAUGGAGCAAUGCCACGAUCUAGUCGUAGCUUCUGCUAUUUUUGAUGAAGAAACAGAGGCUUAUGUCAAGAAUUCUAGUUCUCUGUACAACAAUAAUAAAGUUGGACUGUGGAGGCUGGUGGUUGUCCGAAACCUCCCUUAUGAAGACCCAAGGCGUACGGGAAAGAUUCCAAAACUUCUGCUCCAUAGGCUUUUUCCAAAUGUGAGAUUUUCAGUUUGGAUAGAUGCAAAACUUGAGCUUGUUGUGGAUCCCUAUCUCCUGCUUGAGAGGUUCCUUUGGAGGAAGAAUACCACUUUUGCAAUCUCUCGGCAUUACAAACGCUUUGAUGUGUUUGAAGAAGCAGAAGCGAACAAAGCUGCUGGAAAGUACGACAACGCGUCAAUCGAUUACCAAAUAGAGUUCUACAGAAACGAGGGCCUAACGCAUUAUUCUUCUGCUAAGCUUCCCAUCACAAGCGAUGUCCCCGAAGGCUGUGUGAUCAUCAGAGAGCACAUCCCCAUCACGAACCUGUUCACGUGCGUAUGGUUCAAUGAGGUUGAUCGCUUCACCUCCAGGGACCAGAUCAGUUUCAGCACGGUCCGGGACAAAAUCAGGGCUAGAGUUGGCUGGAUGCCUGAGAUGUUCAUGGACUGCGAAAGGCGCAACUUUGUCGUUCAGGUAUACCACAGGGAGCUACUGGAGCAGAUGAUUGCAUCUGGUAGGAUGCCCCCUUUGGCGGCGGCUGUGACGCACGCGAAUGUCCGGGUAGGUAGCAGGAAAGCUCCUCCGACAAAGAAGCCCUCCGUGAAACGGAAAAGGGAGAAAAAAUCGAGCUCGCGACGGCGUCUCCCGAAACCCAUCGCCCAGGGGUUGGAUGCCAAUGUGACGCAAGUUUUUUUCUCAGUAGCAGAGUCUGGAUAGUCCCACACAGGAACAUUGUUCCAUUAGGUCUGGGGCCUGUAAUCGUGCCCCGGCGAGAUUUGUUCAUAGCUAUUCUUCAUCAUUGUUGUACAUAACAGCGGCAACCCAACAUUCAAUUUUCUCCAUUCAUAUUAUCUUCGGUUCCAUUGAUAUUA